UUUCAGAUAUGCAAUAAUAACGUCUAAACUUAACACUUUUAAGGUUUACCAGGUAUAUUUUAACAGCUUAAAGUGCUACAGCUGCUGAGAAGCUACAUGCUAGCUUAUAGUAUGUUAGCUACAGCAUGCUAGUUGUGGAUUCGCCAAUAUUCGCCUCUUUCCGUCACCGCCACGAAGUUGUCCCAUUGGCUCCCACUGUCUGCCCGCGGCGGGGAAGGGAGAGGAGGCGGUGGCGAGCAGCAGCUCAAUGACGGCAGAAGCAGCGUUGACAGUUGAGAGCCGACACAGCCCACAGCUGGGACCCACGCAGGCCUAGCUGCAUCCGAAACAGCGUGAACGUGUGACGGCAAAGACGGGGUGCGAGACGCCGCCUGCGAGAUGUUACGGACCGGGUGCGGACUGCGUGACAACACGGCGCGGAGACGACGCGGAGCGGAAUCAGUAGUACAAGUAAAUAAAUAUAUGGGUUAAUUCUCUACGGGCAGUUCCUGGGAACGCGCAUUAUAUUAGAAAGGAAGAUUAGGUCGGUGAAUUCCUGGAAACACGGAGUCCAGAAUGGGAAAUGUGGCGCUUGCAGGCUGGGGUUUAUUCUCAGAAGUUGACGCUCAGACUUCGGCUUCCAGCGGCGUGUAGGAGGCUUGUGUGCCAGUGAGCCACCAUCCGUCUUGCACGUUUGACAGAUAGCCAAUCAAAUCUGUUAUUCAAAUCGCUGCUCUUAUGUCAGUGACCUAUAUCCCGGGCAUGAACGCCAAAAUCCAGCAGUAACCUCCCCUCCAGUCCAGACAGCAUGGGGACUAACGGGAUAGAGAUUCAGGCGAAGCCGUCCACAGAGACGGAGCAGCCGGGCGCAGAGCCUCAGAUGGAGCCGAGAGAUGCUCCCCCGGAGGCGGACGGCAGCAAGGAUGGACAGCCGGCGGGCAGCGAGUGUAAAACUGCGAAGGAGGAUAGUGCCGUGCAGCUGAUAGACGGAGAGUCCAAGCCUACCCUCUCCGCCUCCCCUGAUGCUGAAUCUGGGGUGCAGCUGGAGAUGCACAGCCAGGGACUCGGGUUUGUCCCGCCAGAAGGAGGCUGGGGCUGGCUCGUGGUUUUUGCUGCAACCUGGUGCAACGGAUCCAUCUUCGGGAUUCAGAACUCUUUCGGGAUCCUCCAUACGAUGCUGGUGAAGGAGCACACAGACCCGGAGGACCAAACCUCCCAGUUCAAAGUGGCCUGGGUCGGGGCCCUGGCCAUGGGCAUGAUCUUCUUCUGCUCUCCUGUGGUCAGCAUGUUCACGGACCACUUCGGCUGCAGGAAGACCGCUGUCUGUGGGGCGACAGUGGCUUUUAUAGGGCUUCUCACAACAUCAUUUGCAAACUCCCUAAUCCUUCGCUACUUCACAUAUGGGAUAUUGUUCGGUUGUGGCUCUUCCUUUGCCUUCCAGCCGUCGUUAGUGAUCCUAGGUCACUACUUCCGGCAGCGACUGGGCCUGGCCAACGGUGUGGUGACGGCCGGAGCCAGCCUCUUCUCCAUGGGACUGCCAGUUCUUCUGGACAGAUUGAUUGGCCCUCUGGGUCUUAGCAGAACCUUCCAGAUUCUCAGCCUCUUCAUGCUGGUGCAGGCCCUGCUGGCAUUAACAUUCAAACCUUUACUUCCCACCGUGGGAGGCAAGGGCCCACCAGGGAUGGGCCCCGGCCCUGCUGAAACCCAGGCCCAGGCCUCGGCUCAGGGGAUGAGCAAGUGGAGCAAGGUCGUUGCUGGGGUUAGGAAGUACUUCAACCUGCGUGUGUUUCACAUUGUGACGUAUCGGGUGUGGGCGUUCGGAGUAGCAACAGCUGUGCUGGGAUACUUUGUGCCAUAUAUCCAUCUGAUCAACUUUGUGAAGGAAAAGUUCAAAGAGAAUAAAAAGGAAUGGGUGCUGCUGGUUUGCAUCGGAGCGUCGUCGGGGGUGGGACGACUUGCCUUUGGAAAGAUCGGAGACCUCAUUCCUGGUCUAAGGAAGAUCUACAUGCAGGUGGCGUCCUUCAUGGCCCUGGGCCUCAUGUCCAUGAUGAUUCCUCAGUGCGCGGUGUUCGAGGCGCUGGUGGUGGUGUGUGUGUUCCUGGGGCUUUGUGAUGGUUGCUUCCUCACUAUGAUGGCUCCCAUCGCCUUCGAGCUGGUUGGCCCCAUGCAGGCCUCUCAAGCCAUAGGUUACCUUCUGGGCCUUAUGUCCCUCCCAAUGACGGCAGGUCCACCAAUUGCAGGUCUUCUUCAUGGCUACUUUGGCAACUACACAGUAGCUUUCUCCCUGGCUGGGGUACCUCCUAUGAUUGGGGGCGUGGUGCUGUUUUUUGUGCCCCUGAUCCACCGCAGGAUCCAGCGAAACCAAGAGUCGUCUGAGGAGAAGUUGACGACUGUCCACAUGUUGCCCACCACCCCACCUGCUGGGGAACCCAAGAGCUGCUCCAACGGAGACAUCCUGCCUGGUUACACAGACGUAGAGACACACAUCUGAGUCACGUCUUACAAAGGGAUUCAGCCCACCAGCACUUUUUCCAUCCCUUGAAUCGCCUGUAUCUUUCACAGAAGUCUCACCUUUGGACUUCAUUUCUGGUUUACCUAUAAUCUCUAACCCUUCCAAAUCUCUGCCGGUUGUUUGCUUUUUUUGUUGUUGUGCAAAGCAAAGUUCAGAAGCGCACGCCAGCUAGAACCAGCAUGGAGGGCCAGAAGAUGGGGGUUCAGCGCUGGAUGAAUGCAACAAAUUGUCAACGAGAAGAGUUUUCUCAUCAAAACUGUGUAAAAACACACAAACCUCCAAGGAGGAGGGAGAGAAGAGAGAUCAGCAGUAGAUUCUUCUGCAUCAUUUAUCUUACAAUCAUUUUAUUUUUUUAGUUUUUUAAAUAAAUUCAUUCUUAACAUGAAAAGCUAGACGAGAGAUGCAUUUUCUAUGCAAUUUCUGCAGUUUCUAUGUAUUGAACCUCACACGUUUAUGUUAAGAGCUCAUCCAUUUUAUUUAGUUUGCGUUUCCUAAACAGUCUUACCUUCAUGGGUUUAGAGUUUAUUCUGCAGCUUCUGCUUUCUUUCCAAACCACCUGAAAAUGGGCUAUUCCUCUCACAGAUGAGCCACUAAACACAAUCACCUCGAAUUAGCUGCAGACAACUUUUAGGUCCUGACCUUUAUGCUGUAGGAACAGGUGGGGUCAGAAUCGCUCUGCGAUCAGGACUGUUUGUUUCCUGAAACCGUCCUCUUUCAGGAGACAGAUGUGUAGAUCUGGCAGCUGGUAGUAUGUUACAUGUUUUUUUUUUUUUUUCGGUUCUCUCUUUUCAAUUUUGAUCCGUUCCUCGUCACUGCAUGGGUACAAGUUUGGUUUUACAGUCAAAUGUAUAAUAGGCUGAGCAUAUUAUUGAUAUCUAAUCAUCAAACCUUCCGUUGUGCUACCUUUUCUACGUUUAAUAAGGUGCUAGAUAAAUCUGCUUUCACUAUGUUUCUGAUAGCUUUGAAAAAUAAUCAGCUGUUACUUUAUUUUGCUGUUUUAGUGGAAAGGAACUCAAUUAUGGAGUAGUUAAGAGAGAUCUAGUAUUCCUUCAAUAACCUUUUUUAUUUUAAAUACAUACAAUACGUUGGAAUAAUGUAAAAGUUGAAACAUUUUCUUUUUUUAAAUGUGUGUUACUGUUCGUGCACACACAAGGUUAAUUACCAAUAGACAGCUGAGCUACCAUAAUGUAACAUUGAUAGAUCAGUAAAUAACACUAAUCUCCUGUUGUGGGACUUUUCAGUGCUUUUAUAAACGUACGAUUACUCAACUCUGACUUUUAAACAGCAUAUAUAAUAAUUUUACACUUAUUCCUUUUCAGCUGUGUUAUCACUUGUAGCUUUUAAUGGCUAAAUUCAUUGUUAUGACCGAAAUAGAGAAAUAAUAUAGAGAAAAGAAAAAAUAAAAACAAGAGAAAAAUCAAAUUGGAGCCAAAAGUUACCAAAGACUGAUAAUGUUACUUCUGCAACCAAACUGGCAUUGAAACAAACAAUAUCCACUCCAGACAGUAGAACGGUAUCCUGAGAUACUCAUUAAACCGUCACCUUAUGAAGGGAUUCUAAAGCUCCCUCUACCUGUAACCUGCAGGUAAAAAACUGUCAUUUUAAACACUAAAAUAUUUCUUGCAUAUUUAAAUUUUUCUUCUGGUUCUGACCAGUCUAGUUACUGCAAUGCCAGCGGUCACCUGCGUACGUUAUAUUAGCAAACCAUGUGGUUUAAUUUCUGAAUAAUUAUAUUUUACUGAUUUUCUUUCUUUUCUAUAUUUAGGAGUUUUUAUAUUUUAUGCUUCUAAAAUAUAAAAUAUGCCCUUUAGGCAGUCAAAGGAAGAAUAGCAGGUGGUGUCAUGUCAGAGCAAAUAUCAGCUCACACAAUCCUGUCAAUAUUAAUUUUGAAUAAGAAAUAUGUUAGAACAUAUAAUAGUCUAAGAACAAAACAUGAUGUACCUUCUUUUCAGAAGUGACUCCAUAACUCUGCAGAAAUGUCCUGAACGUAACAAAACAGGGUUUUUUGUUUGUUUUUGCCCAAAUUCUGCACAUCUAAAUGUGAUUCCAGAUUGUCUGAAAGGAAAAACCGUCGUCCACAAAAAGUUCUGAUCCACUGCAGUGUUACUCAUUAGUUUUAAGGUUGAGGCUGGUUGUGCCAGCUGAUUAUUUUGAUUGCAGACUUCUUGAAUUGACGUUGCCAAACGAGACAAGCUUGGGCUGUUUCUUAGAUAAUUGCGUUAAUUUGCUGCUUUUCAUUUGACUCAGUGGAGGGCACAGAGUAUUGUUGAGGCAGUAAUGAAACACAACAUCACACCCCUGACAAUCCUAACGGGGCAGUUUGCAGUUAUUUCUCUCACUGGGACCACCUGCUUCUGCUGCACUGUAGACUAGAAGCAACGCUGCACUACUCAAGCAUUAUGAUCGGAUAGAAACAGAAACAGCAAAAGGUGAAGUGGGGAAAAGGGAAAGCUGUGGUGCUUAGCUAACUUUCCCUCUUUGUUUAGAUGUUUUUACCAUCAGGUCUGCUGCUGUGCUGUAACAGUGUGCAGCCUGAAAGUUACACAAACCUUCUCUUGAGAGGUUUCCUGCUGGCUUCGCCAGACGACCGACGGUUCCUGAACACUUAUACCUCAGUAAUCAAAUGUUCCUCCGCAGUCCAGUUGAAUAUCAUGCUGACAUUCUCCAUUUGUGGUAUUUUUCUGUUUGUGUGUUGUAUUUCUGUUUUGUGUGAACCACAGUUCUACCAAUUGCCGUUCAUUGAUCAUGCCAACAUUUACUUUCAACGUUUUUGUUCUGCCUCUUGACUUUCCCUUUAUUAGCUCUUGGCUUUUACUUUUAUGCUCACAGUUUAAAUGUCCCUGCUAUGCGUCUGUAGGAUGGUCUUUUUUAUGUCCUUUUGCUAAAGAAACAUUUAGAUAAAUGUCAAAUAUCCUUAAAUUAAUCAAUAGAAACACUUGACUGUAAAGACAGGAGAUCAGAAACACCAGUUUGACUACAUUUUUAAGCUUUGGGGUUCAUUUAAACUGAGUUGCCGACAAGUUUUUUAAAGUUUUGUGGUUAAACAAAAUUGCAAAAGAUGCUGCCUAUAAAAGCUGCAUGGGAACUGCAUAAGUGAACAAAUGCCCUUUGCAGAUUUUGUUUUUUUUGUUUCGAUUGUGUGAAAUAUUUUUAUUGAAAUAAAUACAGAAGCGUGUUUAUAUUUAGCUCCUGCACUGAAGCAAAAAUAUUCAAUUAUGUUGGAAUUAAACAUUGCACUUAGUUAUUCCUGUAAGUAAAGGAGGGCCCAAUGUCGCUACAGCCACACAUUGAGGGAAACGUUUAGGGGUGUAAAAGUUGUAAAAGGGCCAAAUCUUCUGGCAGCCAUAAAGUAGGACAUUGAUGUGAAACCAGCUGCCAUUUAAUAGCUUGUAUAGAUUCUGUUUAUAUAUGGUCUGAGUGGUUAUUGUUUGCCCUGUUUUAUAAUGACUUUGUCGUCACUUUGUUAGUCGUCAGCUUUCACCUCUGUCUUUUUACACAAGUCGUUUCUUGUUUAGUCACUUGGACUAAAACCAAGUGGUGAAGCGUUAACCUGUGAAAACCCUUGAAUGGAAAUCUGCCUUACAUUAACCGUGUCAUUAGCAGGUGGCCAAGCUGCACACCAGAACAGGAUUUGCUUUUAACUUUGAAGAAUCCCUGCAUGUCCCCGCUUAAAAGUAAUCAAACUUCACUUUCACUUAGCUUCUAGAACCAACCAGGUGCUCCUUUUUUUUAUCAACUACUGUAGAUUUAAAACAGGAAACGGAGCUGAUUCGAUGUAAUUCGUAAUGGUUUUGAGUUAUGAUUUGUUGCUGUUUGCAUUGAAAGUGCUGGCAGGAGAUUUGCUGUGCUGGCUUAUCUGUGAAGAUUAGAGCUAAUAUAUAAUGGUGAAGGAACGAAGUGGAUGUAGAGUGAUAGAAAGCAUUUGGAUGGGCGAAGGUGUGUGUGAGUUUAGUUUGCCAAAGUUCUUUUGUCUAUGCAGCAUCACUUGUCCUGUUACUCUGACUGUUGAAUUCUGAAUACACCAGACUCCUGACGAUACAGUGCCUUAAAACUGUGUUCAUGCUCUUGCACUUUGUCACAUUACAACCACAAACAUCAGUGCAUUUUAUUGUUUUAUGUGACAGACCAACACAAAGUGGUGUAUAGACUAGAGCUGCAGGUGUUUAUUGUGAUAUCACUACCAGAGACCACUGUCCAUUUUCUUAGCAAAAUAGCUCAAGCUUAGUCAGAUUACAUGUAGAACGUUUGCAGAAGUCAUUUCUCAAGUCUUGGCACUAAUUCUCAAUUGGAUUUAACUCAAGCUUUGAUUAGGCCAUUCUAACAAAAGAUGGUGGCUUAAUCAUCCAGUCAGAGCGACAAUGAAAUGGUCAAAUUCAUAGUUACUUUCCAGAUGUGAAUCUCAAAUCUUUCCCAGCCUCUUAACAAUUGUUCCUCCAUGGGGAUGUUUGUGUUCAUCCCACAGCAUGUUGCUGCCAUCACCAUGUUUCACACUGACAUGGGUGUGUUUGUUGUUUGAAACAUUCAAACAAAUGUUUAUGUUUUCAUCUAAACCAUAGAUGUUUAGGCCCAUUCAUUUGAUCCACAUCUUCAACCAGCUUCCCUGUUCCUGCCGAUAGCAUCCCCACAACAUGAUGCUGCCACCACCGUGUUACACCUGUGGCAUAGUGUGUCUUUUUCUGUUCUGUCAGGUUUGAUGUAUGGCCGUGUCUUGGUAGGCUUCACAGUUGUGCCAUACUACUUCAAGGUCCUGGUGGAGUCUGUUUGCUUAUUUGGUAACUUUUGGUUGGACUGAACCUCAUGUAGUAUCAGAGUAAAAAGACGUUAAACCACAAUUUUCAUAUUUUUUGCAACUUUUCCAGUCUGUCGGUCUGUUGCAUAAAGUCCCACUGAAAUACAUUGAGGUUUGUGGUUGAAACAAAAAUAAAUGCGGAAAGGUUCAAGGAGCCAGAAUACUUUUGCAAAGCACUGUAAAUGUUUAUUCAGCAUCGAAAGCUACGAGCUGCAGUAGAUACUCACAGCGAGGCCUCUUGUGUUUCACUUUAAUGAGCACCAAACACUAAUACUAGUUUUUAUAAUAGUUUUGAACAUGUGUUUUUCUAAUUAAUAACUACCCAGGCUUCCUUUCUUUGUAUUUCUUUAAAGUCACUCUUUUUACCUGCAGACUGCCCAGCCACACAGUCUGCAGUUUGAAGCCUCGGUGUGGGAGGUAUAAUUCAUGCUCCGUUUGACAUGUGACAAGGUAAAACCUCCCUAGGGCAAAAUCCCCAGUUGUUGCAACGCUCUGGAAUUCAUGCUAAACAGGUCGGGUGAACUUGAAAAAGUUUGAGCUGUAUGUUUAAGCAAUUCAUCUGUUCUUCUUAUUUAAAAGCGGCCAGAAGGAAGAAGCUGGCCUCUUAAGUUUCAUCUCAUUAUCGGACUCACCGGCUUGAAGUGAGUCUAGACUUUUUGUAACACCCCGGUCUUGUUAUUCUGCCGUGCAGCGGGCCAUUCCCCUGGACUCCUCUGACCUCAGUCUGCUUUACGUUCUAACUGGUGUGCUUUACCUCACUUCCAAACCACACAAACACCUGAAACCGAUAGCUGAAGGACCGAUUGUUAGAAAUCUGAGCCAUGAUACACAACAUGUCUGCACUUCAUAGACUGACGGACUUCCAGCAAGAAUACUCUGGUGUAUUUUUGCCAGUAAAGAUCUGAAUUUCUGAAUACCAUGUGAACCUUUCUGUGUUUUUCAUAUGUACCAGAAACUACAAACUUUUUAUAUGUGUGUUGCCAUUAUUCCAGCUGUAGAUAUGUUUUCACAGUUACCGUUUGGUUUUGCUGGUCAUUGUUGUUUAUGGUCCUACGUUCAUGUUCAGCCCAGGCCUUCCCGCAGCCUUACAUGUUGAAAUAUGCAGAGACUUUCAGUGCAGAAGUCUGUCAAGCUUUCUUUCUCUGUAAACUCCAGCAGGUUGCUGAAACUAAGCCUCUUUUGCCUCUCCGCACUUUGCAAAGCUGCAAGCUUCUGUCCCACACCAGCUCUACCGUUUCAUCUUUUUGUUUAAUCCAAUGUACAACAUGAUCUAUCUAACAUGGUCAGUAAGCACAUUAGAUUGGGAAUUUAAGUCAUGCUGCUAGGAAAAUUUGUCUUUGUGUUUUGUUAUAAUUUUGAAUCCUCAUCAAAAGAGUCACAUUUUUUUUUCUAUUAAACUUUCAAUAAAGUGUAAAAUUGAA